CUAUCAGUUUUUUGUUUUUGGCUUGCGUCCACCUCUCCGGACACGCACAGAUCAUCACUCAGUCAGCUGUGGAAGCUCCGGUGCUCAUGUGAUUGAUACAUACACACAACGUUACGUACGCGCCGAUAUAUCCCUGGGCCUUUCUCCCACCGGCCAGGGUCACUCACGUUGCGUGUCUGUCGUGUGAUGACCGGACUUGCACUGCACAGGUAGGUAGCUUAGCUGGUCGAGAUAAGGGAGAUCUAGCUAGCCAGGACAGACAGACAGACAGACAGGGAUGUGCUAUGAGCUGCACAGUGUGAUGCAUCACGGCACUGUGACAACGCCCGACCCCAACAUCCGUCAAUGGCGUCCGUCUGCUGCACACACGCUCGCACCAAAUGCAACAGUAGGCGGCAUCACCACGCCGGCUCAUCCUUCUCGUCCUCACCUGCACACACAUCACACAACGACACACCACACCACACGAACGCCUAUUGACCGUCCCCCUCUCCGCUAGCACACAUACCAUUGAAGACACUCAGGUCUUCCUCUAUCUCCUCCAUAAUCUCCUCCUCCUCUUCAUCAACCCCAACACCACCGCCAGCAAUCCCCCCAAACGACAUGACCCCACCGCUGCGAGCCGCACCCACUGCCCAGCUGUCGAACGAGCCUGCACCCCGGACGGCUGGCGGCUCCUGCUGCUGCUGCUGCUGAGGGUGGUCAGCUGGCGGGAGUGUGUCAGGCUGCUCGGGGCCGGUGGGAGGUCUUGUGGGUGAGACCGCCCUGCAACAAACACACACACAAAACACACACGCAAAAACUGGGCGACCGGUCGCGCAUCAUGAGACAUCCAUCUCGGCCACCCACCCCACUCACCUCUGCGCUCGCGCUCGCCUGAUGUGCUCGUCCAGCCGCGCGGCUAGGCUGUCACUCUCCCCAACUCGCGCCUUCUCCUCAGCACUGGCCCCCAGCUCUCCUGCACCCUCAUCGUCACGCACACGCUCAACCACGGCAGUGGCCGAAGGCGCAGCGGCCUCACGCCCACCGUCCCCACCAGCAGCAGCCGUAGCAGGGCUGUCGUGGCUCUCCAACAGCCAUUUGCGGGUGUCCUUCGUGGUGUCUGCCGCUGUGGCUGGUGAGCCGCCACUCGGCAACAAUGCGUCGAGACUCGAGAUGGACGGCGACUCCCCCGCCAGUGAGGGCCGCUUGUGCUGGUCGGGGUGCUGCUGCAGCAGGGGCGGCAGCCGGCCGGCAGGCGUGACGACUGGGGGAAGGGGCGCUGCCGACGCGGCCGAGACGGGCGUGGCGUCGUCCUCUGCGGCGGGCUGUUCCGUACCCCUGUCAUGCGCCUCUUCCCUCUGGUGGGCCUCCAUCUGCAUGAAAGUGUCGAUCUGGCGGUCGACCACCGCCCGGUCUGCCGCCGCUAUGGGGGACGAGUCGACGGACGCCGCGCCAUCAGGGGCAUUCUCCGCCAUGUCCGCACGGAUGGCGGCACUGGCGUGUGUGAAGGGCAGCACAAUCGACUCAGGCAGGGUGGAUGCAGGCAGGGGCGGGAGUGUGUCGUGCGGGCGGGGGACGGGGGAGAUGCCCUGACGGUCUGGCACAGCUGCCUUUGUGUCGGCCGCCCUCAGCUUGCUCACAUCUGGCCUCUCCGCCGGCACGUCUUCUCUGUCUGUCGGUGCGGCGGCCUCCUCCGGUUGCUGCUGCCGCUGUUUGUCUUGCCCCUCCUUGAGUCCCUCGGUGCUCGUCGAUCGCGCAGCCCAUUUCUCGUCCUUCUCCUCAUCUGCCCUCUCCGGUGGCGGCACGGCAGCCGUCGGGGCCUCUCGACGGACAGGUGGCGAGAGGGGAGAGGACGUGACGGCCACCGGCGCCAGCGAUGCGACCGGUGGGUGGCGUGUCUUGGGCAUGGUGCUGGUGCGAAGGGCGCAUGGGGCAGUGGCCGAGUAAGGCACCACCUCAUACGUGGCGGGUGGUGGUGCGAUCCACAAGUCCUCCCCCUGCUGCAGCUCGUCUCUCGUGGCCAGGAACCGCUCGACGCUGCCCUGAAGGCGAGCUGUGUCGGCCUCCAGAUCGACUCGGGCGACGCGCGAGGCGAUGGGGGACGCCGUGACGUCAGCCACGGGGUCUUCGUCAUGGUCUGUGGACGUCUCGAGGUUGAGGGUGUCCUUGAGUAGCUCGAGCUGCGACUGCAGGGUCGCCGUGUGCCGAAUGCGCGACUGCAUGGAGGGGAGCUGGGGUGCGGGAGGGGGGAGGGGGUGCUCACUCUAGAGGCACAACACAGACACAGGUGAAGAGAGAGAGGCGUGUAUGCCGUGAGGAAGGGAACUGCGGUGAGCGCAUCUCUCUCAUCCCAUCUCACCCACCCACCCUGUAUCGCUCGAUGGUUUGCUGGAAGUCCUGCAGCGUCUCAGUGUGUUUCUUCUGCAGACGCUCGAGCUCCUCUCGGUGCUGCUGCUCGCGGUCUCGGCUCUCCCUCAACAGACUCUGCACACAAAGACCAGAACACACACACACACAUAUACCGGGUGGUCGCAUUAGCUGCCGGAACUGACCCGCAGAGUCUCGUUCUCGCUUCGCGCAUGAUCCCAUUCGGCCUGAGAGGGGCGCAAAGCAGUGUUUGGCCUGUUUGGCGGACCCCUGUGGUGCUAUGCUGUGUGCUUACUUUCAGAUCGUUGUGUGUCUGCGGCUGCACGUAGGUGGCGACCUGCUGCUUGAGGGCCAGGGCCUCCUCCUCACUCCGACGUAGCGCCUCGCGCACAUCCUUCCACGCACACACACACAUCCGUCCAUCCAUCCAUCGUGCGCCACCUUCCUUGGCUGCUUAGCUUCUUUGUGUGUUGUCUGUCUGUCUUCGCUAACUUACGGCGUAUUGGUCUUUGUAUUCCUGGGCCAUCCGCUGGUACUCGUGCAGCUGCGUCAUGUACUGCGCCUUGGCGUCGGUGCUCGUGUCGGCCAGCGACUGACGCUCACGCUUCAGCGCCAACACCUCUCCCUCUAGCGCACGGUAGGCCUGACAGACCGACCGACCGACCGAUGCACCCGAUGAACUAAGUGGAUGGAGGAGUGAAUGUGGUGCGGGGGGCUGACCUGCUGGUCUCUGGAUGCGCCGGCGUAGGCCAGGCGCAGCUGCUCACGCAAGUCGGCCACCUGCACACACGACAGGCGAUGGGUGGGGUCGGGGGGCGGUGGCUGUCGCGUCAUCACCUACAUACCUCUCUUCGCAGGUCGUUGUGUUUGGUGUCCAGCUCUGCAAGUCGGUGCGAUUUCAUCUUGGCGUCACCCUGGGCGUCCUCAAGCUGACACACCGACCACAUAUUCACUCGGCGUUCAGUCGUUAAGUGGUUGGCUACCCGUUGGUGCAGCUCCUGGAUGCGCUCCUUCUCCUGCUGCACGAGGGCGGCCUCCUUCUCAAGUGACAUCUGGUCCUGCGACCAAUGAAUGACACACAGACGCGUCUGCCUUCCUGCGUCCCUCCCUGGUUGUGUCCCUCUCUCACUCUGUGGAGGUUCCUCCUGUCCUCCUCAUAGCGGCCCUCCACCUCCCGCUCGAAGGCACGCAUGCGCUCCUGCAAGUCACGCUCACUGCACACAGACACACACACACACACACACGCACACACACACACCAGGCAGACAUACGUGUCAUGUAAUCAAUCGUGUGGAUGGCACCACACUCCGGGUGCCGACCGUUUGUCUUUCUCGGCCCUGAAGUUCUCCUCACGGUCACGGAGGCGCAUCUCGCGACCCUCGUACGCCUGAUGAUAACCACAGAGACACACAUGAGUGGGGUGUCUGUCGUGUGUGUGUGUGUGUGUGUGUACCUGUUGCUUUGUCUGGAGUGCGUGUCUCUCUAGCUGUAUAGUGCGAUCGGUCUCCUGGCGCUUCUUCCAGAUGUCUUCCAGCUGCUUGAUCACAUCCUGCCUGGUGUACAUGUUGAGAGUAACAGACAGACAGACAGACACACACAGAGAGAGAGAGAGAGAGAGAAAAGGAGUGAGCUGACACACAGCUACCUAUAGCUAGCUGUGUAGAUUGCGUGUGGUUGGCUAGGUCACCUUGCUUGGUAGGCUUUGUGUUCGAUGUCCUUUUCCUUCUGCUGCAGCCGCUCUAUCGCCCGCUGCUCCUUCACACGCAGACGCUCAACACGCUCCCUGCACACACACAGACGGACAGAGUGCACGCGUCUGUUGCGCAGCCACAUUCCAGCUCACUGCAAUGGCGUACUUGUGUAGGCUGUCAAGCUGUGCCUUGUACUGGUUCAUCUCCUCCCUGCAGCGCUUGUUCUCCUCCAGCCGCACCUGGCUCAUCUCCAGCUGACGGAUGCGCGACACCUCAGCUGACAACUCCUCACGAUACCUACACAACCACAACCACAACCACCAAGAGGGAGAGAGGGAGAGAGGUGAAUGGGCGGUGUGUGUAACACGCACCACAGACGGACCUGUUCUCACAUUCCCUCUGGAACCUGAUCAUGCGCUCCUCCACCCCCACCCUGUCCACCUCCCUCACGUCGCCCAGCGCAAGCCGAUGCGACACCUCCAGCCGACACAGCUUGGCAUCCACAUCCUCCCCGGGGCCGUCAUCCUCAGUCUGCACGAAACACUCGGCUGUCUUUGGGGGUCUGAGGGCCGACUGCAGCAGGCCAACGAGGUCUGUCAGCAUGGGGGCGGGCUGGGCAGAUGUUGAUGUGUGUGUGAAGGGGUGGCCGGGGGGGAUGUGGAGGGAGGUGGCGACGUCCUUUCGAGAUAGCACGUCCGUCGGGUUGAGGCCUGACAGACACAGACAGAUGCGCUCCAUCCAUCCAUCCAUCCAUCCAUCCAGCGCCCCACCGAGGUCCGGCACGACGACAGAGAGCGAGUACAUUUUGCCCUUGACCUUCAGGUAGUCCACCACCAAACUGCCCAGAACCCGCUCCUCCAGACCCAGCGCCUCACUCACUACUGGACCACCGCCCUCACCGCCCCGCAGCGUGGUGAUGAGCUGGUGCCUCAGGUGGGCCUUGAGCGACUGCGCGAUGCCCCUCUCCUCGAUGGUGCGGUGCAGCUGGCUCCGCAGACGGGCGACCGUCGCGGGCUCUUCCUGAAUGGCUGGUAGGUAGGCCUGAUGCGGCGGAGGGGGCGGCGCUGCUGUGUCAUCAGCAAUGUAGAUUUCCUCCUCGUAUGGAUCCAUGGCGUGGCGCGCCUGUGAACCUGGCGAAAGGCAUACACAACAGCAGCCAGGCAAUGAAUGGCGGCCGGCGGCAUAAAGUGUGUUGCCUUCUCACUGUAGAUGAGUGUCACUUGAGGCGUUCCGAUGGUUCGAAGAGAGCCAGUGAGCACCGGUCAGCAGCCUCGCGUCGCCCCUGCAGUGCUCCCAGCUCCUCUAACAGCAACAAAACGUCGAAACGAGGCGAUUGUCCGAAACAAGACAGCCGCUGGAACUGACAGCUGCGGCAAUGUGUCUGGGAAGGCCUCUACCACACUUGCACACAGCAAUUUUCGGC